UCAUGCUUCAUGACAAUCUUGUCUUCUUCUCCAACAAACCAACCUUAAAACUCAUUAUUCACUUCCACUUAUCAAUGCCACUUGUCUUCUUCCUAAUCACAUAACCCAUUAACAUCUCUCUCUCUCUUUAUCACUAACAAAAAUAUAUUACAUUACAUUAUCUGUGAAAAUAAAUGCAGCUUCUACUUUCAAGAUCUUUCCUUUUUUUCCAUCAAACAAGAACUUUAACAAUGGCUACAUCAACUUCCAUUUCUCUUCCUUCAAAACCCCGUAUUAAAGGUGUUGUAUUUGACAUGGAUGGAACCCUAACGGUUCCUGUUAUUGAUUUCCAGGCCAUGUAUAAAGCUGUUCUUGGUAAUGAUGAGUAUGUUGCUGUUAAAUCAAAGAGCCCUUCUGGUAUUGAUAUUUUGCAUCAUAUUGAAAGUUGGAGCCCUGAUAAGCAACGUAAGGCUUAUGAAAUUAUUGCUGAUUUUGAAAAACAGGGUCUUGAUCGCCUCCAAAUUAUGCCUGGUGCUGCUGAACUUUGUGGGUUUCUUGAUUCUAGGAACAUUAGAAGGGGAUUAAUCACUAGAAAUGUCAAAGAUGCAGUUGACUUGUUUCAUGAACGCUUUGGAGUGAAAUUUUCUCCUGCACUGAGCAGGGAAUAUCGCCCUUACAAACCUGAUCCAGCUCCAUUGUUGCAUAUUUGUUCAACUUGGGAAGUUCAAUCUGAUGAAGUAAUGAUGAUCGGGGACAGCCUUAAAGAUGAUGUUGCUUGUGGCAAACGAGCUGGAGCUUUUACUUGCUUACUCGACGAAACAGGAAGAUAUGAUGCUCCAGAAUAUGCAAACGUCGAACACAAACCAGACUAUAAGGUGUCUUCUCUUGUUGAGGUUCAGUCACUGUUAGAAAGAGAUUUUGAGCUGACAUCUUGAUUUCUCAAAUAUUUGGAACUCCUGCCUGGCUGAGCAGCGAGAUAUGGUUUACCCUCGUAAGCCUCCACAUAGUGUUUGUGCAUGCAUGUUUCUUUUGGCUACUGUAAGCUUAUAGUUAUUAGAUGCAGCUUUGCUCAAGGGAGCGGAUCUUUGAGAUGGCAACGAGGCGUUCGUUUUUUCAAGCCAAAAUGGGGAAGAUUAGUUUUUGUUUGCUCUUGGUGCAACUGGUGAUUUGCAGAGGCGAUAGCUUUUUAUGACUAGCCAGGUUAGUUAGGGUGAACUGUAGGCAGGGCAUAUUCAUGAGACUAUAAAUGAAUUUUGAAUGUAGUGUUCUUGUCACCUAUUUGCUCCUGAUGGAACUUAGGUAGCACAGCUCUUCCAAGUGAUCACCCUCUUAUUUCUUCUUCGAAUUCCAACGAUUUAUCAAUGUAGUAGCUAGAUUCCAUAGGAUUAAUUGUACUUGUCAAUGCAAAGUUUUUCUUUAUAUUUGAGAAAUGAGACCAAACUGGUCUGAGAGUUAUUUGAUCA